AUGGGCAUCUGUUGUGACAAGAAUGCUAUGCCCGUUGUGGACGACGCUGGGCGGCAGCAUAGUCAAGUAGAGCCGACAGUGGCAGUUCCAGCAGUGCCCACCGUCGAGUUUGACUACGUAGUGCCCUCAGGUGCACUCAACCUCACAAUGAAUCGUACAAAAGGAAGUCACGGUAACACACUAGACCAAAGUAUUCACACCGUAAGUGAGUGCAGCGCUACUCUGGCAGAUGGCCUAAACCAAGAACUUUCCAGUACACUUCGAGAUGAAUCUGGAAGAAGUCUUAUGACGAAUGGACGAAAUGAAGUAUUAACAGAAGACGUGGAUCGAUUUGUGAGUGAUAUUUUGCAUUUAAGUAUAUGUGAACCCUGUAAUAUAUUAGAGGAGAGUUUUGUGGCUCACAACCCCGCCAGCCGAUCUCGAUUACGUGCAGGAUCUGUAAACGCAGACACAUUUACAAAGGAACAAAAUCGAUAUCUUGCAGAGGCCUCCACAUGGUCAGAACGUCUCGCACGAUUGGCAGAACUUGAACAAAUGUCACGUCAAGAAAUAUUUGGUGCCUGGAAAAUGAACAUGACACUUAUUCACAUGGCAUUAAAACGUGUGGUACCGACAAUUCGUCAAUUCCGUACCGCACCAGUGAAGAGUAAACAACGAAAUGGAAGAGAAGUACUUGUCAUUCAUGCCAAGGAUAUUGAUGUGGAGGUAGAUGGAAAUAAUGGGGAUAAGAUAAACGGUGAACCUUUUGCAGUUACUCCAGAUGAUAACGUUGGAGAAAAAGGAUUUUCCCCACGAGAACAUGUAGAGGAAAAACCAAAGAAUACAGUGGUAGCUGAACAUUAUCAAAUGAUGGCAUUAACAGCCCGAGAGAUUAGCAUUACAGGUGGUGUUCAGGCGCAAGUUGUAACUAACACAUGGGAUUUUCUUUCACUACCAGGUGCAGCAAAUCAUCUUAAUGCAGGAAAUGCCUUCUUCAGGUUUGUAUGUUCUGCUAUUGCAGAGGUAAGCCAGGAUACACUAGAGAUUAUUGAUACCUUUAUCAAUAUCACUAGUUUCGCUGAUGAGGUACAAGAAAAUAAUGUUCCUAAAAUCGAUAUAUACUCACCUGAGGAACGAUCAAAGUAUGUUGGUAUUCUUGUAAAGGCUAUGUAUAUUCUUCCAGGUGUGCGACUUUCAAAUCUUACGGCAGAAGUUUUAUCCUCUCUUGACUAUCAGCGUAAUUGUCAGCCUGGUAACAACAAAUUUGAAGAACCUGACACACCUUAUACGUUUCGACUAGUAAAGACAGUUAUUAAAUUUGUCUUCAGUGUUACAAUUCAAAUGAAAGUAAGUGAAAUCAAUGAUCCAGAAGUAUUAGCUAAGUUUAAGGAUAUAGACGGUUUGGUACCCGCUAAAGCAAUUCUUCUUGAACGUACUAAGAGAAAUAUACAAAAGAUUGACUCUACUAUAAAAGUACGAUCUGUGUUGCUGUAUUACCCAGUGAAUGACGGGGUUCUCGUGAAUAAUCAAACCAUUGUACUGAACACGUCCAUCCCCCGCGUUGUUUCUGCAUUAAUGCAGACGUUUGGUUCUCAAGGCGCCACAGAAGCAGCACAAACGGCAAAAUUGACAAGACAGUACUUAAUUCACCGUUUUGGAGAUUCCCGUUCAUAA